AUGUCUUCGGAUCCCAGUCUACUGGCAAUUCUCUUUGUCUCCUCUUCUAGUAAAGGCUCGCAUCUUGUCUUUCGAUGGCCCGCUCGUCCCAAGGCCGUCCCCCGCUUGGCCAGGCCACUUCCCAUUGUGCGGCAACUAGACUAUGCGUGGCGUGCAGCGCAUCCAACCGAUGCAGCAAAUGCAGAACCAGAGGACAAGCCGUUCUCGCUCAGUAAGGCUCAUCGCCAUCAGGACGCGACACGCACAUACCCACAGCAGUCGCACCAACGAUCACACAGUGAUAUAAAGGAGGGUAGUACCUCGUACGUCGACGCACUCGAGAUUGCCCAAAGUCCUGCCUACGAAUGGCGAUUGCAGGAAUGGAGCGACCCCUUGAAUAGCUUUGCACCACACGCGGCUGGUCCGAUUGGACCUGGUGGAGUUUCAGGAGCCGGUGUAAGCGGUACCACUGGCGGAUCACACCAAAGGAGUUCAGGUGGUCAAAGCUCCUCGUCGCGCAAGAAAACGUCAAAUAUCUCAUCCCCAUACUCGGUAUCAGAGCAUGGUGAUCCAGAUUUCGAAUGGGUAUUGGGCUACCGAACAAAGUUGCUCGCAGAACACCUGUUUAGAUUCGACCGAAAUCUUUGCAAUCAGCGCUUUGAACUUGUUCUCGAAGAGCUCCUCUUCCUAGGGCACCCAGUUUGUAUUGGAGAUGACGGAACGUGGCAGUGGGAACAGCUGUACAGCGACCCCAAACCGAAGACGGAUGUCGAGGUCGAUGGGGAAACGCUAGACAAGAAAGACCCGAAGAAUGAAGCAUCAUUGAAAAGCUUUCAUUUUAUCCUCGUCCUUGAUCGUCCCGGUCCGGCCUGGGGAGGCGCUGCCAACCAAACUCGUUUCGUAGACGUCUACUACGAACAGCUCGCUGUCAAGAUGACAGCCGCACUUCACUUUGAACAGUCGAGAGAUGGGUACGUCGAGCGUGAAACCGACCUCCUAGUUGAUCUGAUGGAGGCUGAGACUUACGCCGAAUUCGAAAAGGUGGCUUUACAGAAGUCAUCUUUAGCACGCGCGAUACGCGACAUUUUCGUUGCAGUACAAGGCCGGCGACUUGCUCAUGUCACAGUUGGCGCAUUCGAACUAGACCUCCAGAUGCCAUGGUAUCAUUCUGAACUUCUUCUGGGUGAUUUUGAUCCCGAAGGAGCUGGCGAGUACUCGUACGACAAUGAGAGAGACGAAAGAUGGGAUCCAGGUUUCGGCAAAGGAUGGCGUGUCAAGCGAUUACAGCCGUGGAACACGCUCCUCUUCUUGGACGGAUGGGAGGCCGCAGCAGAAAUUGAACCGGAAUCAUCUGAGAUGUUGCGAUUUAGAGAGGUGCUCACUCCUGAUGUCUCAUUUGCCGAUGCAGCAACGCUCUUGGACUGGGAUCUCGAGACAGAGGUUCUGCGAAUGGCUGCAUACAUGAUCUACCUCAAAAAGGCUCAAGUCAGCGAUGUCGUGCAUCCGAAACUACUCAACAUAUAUGUGCUUCCUGCGCGUCUUAUGACACCUCUCAGCGAGCUUUCAGCAAAAUUUCGUGCAUCUUUCCCCCCGACGACCCCUCCACUGGAAAAUAUUCUUUCCGCAGUUUCUUCGGCUCCUCAAGCAUUCCUGCAUUUUGUACCUUCACAGGACCACUACGACUUAUACCAUCAAAUCCUUAUAUGGUUGCUCCGCCACAACGCACUGACUAUGCUUCACAUUCGUUUCAGGCUUAUUGCUGCCAAAGAGAUCAAAAUGGCUGUCUACGAGGCAUAUCAGGCGCGUAAGAAGCGUAUAUCCGAAGGUGACCUCGAGCGAGGACGGAAACGAAAGCCAUCUGGUUUGGGAGGACGAGAGGAACAGUCUCAGCGAUCUUCAUUACCCGACAACGAACCACCUCAGGAGAGUUCAAAGGAGAUCGAGCGAAAUGCACCAGCACAGAAAAUGAUCAUAAUCGAAGACCCGGACCUGCAGUCGCCAGAGGUCGAAGUGCCAGAGCCGUUCGAGGCAUCGCUUAUAAUGGAUCCCGGCAAGGCGACGCGGCUAGAGCAACUGUGGAUUGAAGAGAUUGCAAGGCAGAGACCUGAGUCUGAGGCUCGAUUCCUUCGAGUCUGCGAAUAUUUUGAUGGUCGGACGACUUUUGACGAGGUGCAAUACCGGUCAGGCCAGAAGCGUAACCAAUUCCGACAAAUUGUAUCAGAGUAUGAUCCAUGGCUCCUUGCGUUAUUGCAUCCAUAA